AUGCUUGAGUCCUGAUAACAUCCAAGAACAAUAUCUGGGACUGGCUUGCAUUUAUGCUUCUUAAAAUGGAAAACUGUGCUACUUAACUUUUUACCUGAUGUGACUAGCUUCCUACUUAUCAGUUUUUGCCUUGUUAAUAACUAGAAAACCUUUAUGCUAGUAUAUAGUAGGAUUAUUAAUUAGCUCUUGUUAGUUGGUAUUGUUGUUGUACAAGCGGGGCCCUCUCUCCUAGAGAUAUAAUUCUGGGUGCAGGUUCAUCAUAGUUUUAGUGCAAAUAUUUGCAUCAGAUGGAUGCAUGGAGUGUUCCUUUCUUCCUUAUAAAGCUAGCCUACUAUAUUGAAAUUGACACACUUUUACAUGCAUGAUGAUGCAAAUUGUAGGCAAGCCGAGGCUGCUGGCGGAUGCUUCUUCAGGGGCAAAGAAGAAAUCUUCAAGAAGAAGGUGCCCGAAGCUGAUGCCGCGGCAAGUGACUGAUGUUUACAUGUUGGGUCACGAUGAAAAUCAUUUGUUGUUGCAGAAAGUUAUAGGAGCAACAUUCCUGAUGGCGACGGGUACGUGAUGAAGUUCAUAAACGUAUGAUAAGAACUGAGAACUCAGAGAACUUCAAGGACAAGAUCAACGAGGUGACCGGUGUUAUGGCGGCUAUGUACGGUGGUGACCCCAGCCGCAGGAUUCCCCAGGCCAUCUGCAUCUGCCCUACCAGGGAGAUUGCGCAGCAGGUGUUGAUGCAGGCAGAUAUGUUCCUGACCAAGCUGACCAGCAUGUGCAAGAGGAGCACGGAGAAGGGCUCUAUGUGGGUCACCAUGAAGCGAUUGUCGAUGAAGUGUCAGGCUAGGUUGAAGAAGAUGGCGAGUAAGGGGGAGCCUGUUGAGUACCGGUGCCUGGUCUGCGCCACCGAUGGCAAGAGGAACAUCUCCACCUCGGUGAAGUGCAAAUCCAAGUUUGAAGCUGUGAAGCAUAUCAACAAAGACUAGCAUAUUAUGUGUUGUAAAUGUAGGCAGUAGUAGGCUUAUCUGGGCUGUAGUAUACUGUAAUGUUUGUAAUAGA